UUCUACCUACCUCUCUCCUCCCUCCAAGCAGUUCGGAAACCCCGCAACAACCCAAGCAAAGCGGCCAGCGCCGUCUGGAAUUUUCCGGGGCGGCGCUAGGGUUUCGGAUGGAGCCCGAGGAGGCGGAGGCCGUGCUGGAGACCAUCUGGGACCUCCACGACAAGGUCAGCGACGCCAUACACGCCCUCUCGCGCGCCCAUUUCCUGCGCACCGUGCGCCGCCGCGCCGGGGGCAAGCCCGCGGGCGUCGUCCACAUCAAGGGGGUCCCCGCGGACGGCGACGAGGCGGCCGACCUGAAUGCGGUGGCCGAGGAGGCCAGGAGCCUCCACGCUAUCCGCGCCGCGCUCGAGGACCUCGAGGACCAAUUCGAGUGCUUUCUCGCUGUUUGUUCACAGCAACAAGCAGAACGAGAUAUUGCAUUAGCAAGGCUGCAACAAAGUCACAUCAUGCUUACCAUAAGAUUAAAAGAGCACCAUGGGAAUAAUCACAAAGUCAUAGAUGAGGCGUUGGAUUUCGUCCACAAUGUCUACCAUGAUUUCUGGUCUUUUCUGUCAGUAAACAAGCCUGAGAAAUCAAGAACUCAUUCUGGCGCUAACAGUACCAAGGAGACGGGAGAUGGUUCAGAUUUCUUAGGGUGGAUGGUUUCUUCUAGUCUUGAUGUUGUCAGGAACAGUUUCAAUAUGAAAAAUAUUGGUGGUUUUCUAGGGAACAGUGCAGUGCUUGCUGUUGGCAUGAUUACAAUGUUGCAGCUGCAUUUGUCGUCUUCUGGAGAACAAAGUUCAUCUUGUGGUAAAUACAGCUACAGAAGGAUCAAUCGCGAUGAUUCUUCACGGUCUCUGGCAGGGCGUAGUAGGAUGAGUCAUCUUGAUGUGUUCUUAGCCAAAAGUUGAGAGGGACUUCUGCCUCGCCUUUCUGAUACGUUGUUUGUACAUAUUUUUGUUAGCAUCUUAUCUGCCAUUUUGAAGGAAUUUUCUAUUUUCUGGGUGCCCAUUGAGUUUGCAUUCUAGGUAUGGAUCGCGUUAGCUAGGCUAGCUUACCUCUGCUAUUUUCAAUUCCUUGAAAUGGACUAUUGUAAUCCUUGUUGUAAGCAGCAAGAUGUUGUAUUCAUGUGAAUCUAUUGUGUGCUCUGUUGCCAGUAUAUGCAGAUCUCUGGCUUUGGUUGUACAAUC